AUGAGCCUUUACUUCCUUUUCGUGGUUGCGCGCUUGGCUCAUUCUGCUGCCCAGGCUCGUUACAAGUCGAAGGAAUUCAACAAGCUGCUCUACCAGCUCAUGAUUGAAGACACGACCAAUCAAUUAUUACAUGAUGACAAGCUGAAGCUGCACAUUUCGAUGAAGAGAGAGGUGAUGUUCACUGUUUGUGGAUUGUUUAACUUGGACUACACUUUGCUGUGUUCGGUAGAUGAUCUCUUCAGCUACAACAUAUCUGGUCAUCAUGAUCCAGCUGGGUGA